GGCGCAGCCGUCCCUUGGAGGAGGCGAGUCCUACCGCCGAGCCUCGCCCCUCCGCGCCAGGCUGCUAGCGAACGGCGCGGUGUCGCCGGCAGCCCCUCCCGUGAGGGACACGUGGCGAGCGCGGGCCACCAGGGGAAGAGCCCGAGCCGCGGGAAGUGCGGGCGCGGCGGCGCCGGGCGCUCAGAGCCCGGGGUACGGCGCGGCGAGCGGAGGCAGCGCAGCGAGCGCAUGGGGUGCCCCCUCCGGCCCCGCCGCGCGGCUCGCUGUGGAGCCUCGGCCCGGGGCCAUGCCGGUCAUGAAGGGCUUGCUGGCCCCGCAGAACACCUUUCUGGACACCAUCGCCACCCGCUUUGACGGCACGCACAGCAACUUCUUGCUGGCCAAUGCACAGGGCCCAAGGGGCUUUCCCAUCGUGUACUGCUCCGACGGCUUCUGUGAGCUGACUGGCUACGGCCGCACCGAAGUCAUGCAGAAAACCUGCAGCUGCCACUUCCUCUAUGGCCCAGAGACCAGUAAGCCAGUGCUGCAGCAGCUACACAAGGCCCUGGAGGGCCACCAGGAGCACCGGGCUGAGAUCUGCUUCUACCGCAAGGACGGCUCAGCCUUUUGGUGCCUCCUGGACAUGAUGCCAAUCAAGAACGAGAUGGGUGAGGUUGUGCUGUUCCUCUUCUCCUUCAAGGACAUCACUCAGAGUGGAGGCCCUGGGCUUGGCCCCCCAGGUGUUCAUGGUGACAAUAGCCAUGAAAAUUUCCUUGGCAGGAGGGGAGCCUGUUCCAAACUCUGGUCCUCCAAGAGGCAAAGCCGCACCAUCCUACACCAGCUGACUGGCCACUUCCGUCGCCAGGGCCAGGGAGGCAUGAAGACCAGUAAUAACAUGUUUGAGCCAAAGCCAUCGGUGCCCGAGUACAAGGUGGCCUCCGUGGGGGGGUCCCGCUGCCUCCUCCUCCACUACAGCAUCCCCAAGGCUGUCUGGGAUGGCCUCAUCCUCCUUGCCACCUUCUAUGUUGCGGUCACUGUUCCCUACAACGUCUGCUUCUCGGGCGAUGAUGACACUCCCACGGCAUCCCGACACACGCUCGUUAGUGACAUCGUGGUGGAGAUGCUUUUCAUCCUGGACAUCAUCCUGAACUUCCGAACCACCUAUGUGUCCCAGUCUGGCCAGGUGGUCUCGGCGCCUCGCUCCAUUGGCCUCCACUACCUGGCCACCUGGUUCUUUGUGGACCUCAUUGCCGCUCUGCCUUUUGACCUACUUUAUGUCUUCAAUGUCACCGUGACCUCCCUCGUACACCUACUGAAGACGGUGCGGCUGCUGCGGCUCCUGCGGUUGCUGCAGAAGCUGGAGCGGUACUCACAGUGCAGCGCUGUGGUGCUCAUGCUGCUCAUGUCGGUGUUCGCGCUCCUGGCCCACUGGAUGGCCUGCAUCUGGUACGUCAUCGGGCGCCAAGAGAUGGAGGCCAAUAACCCGCUGCUCUGGGACAUUGGCUGGCUGCAGGAGCUGGGCCGGCGGCUGGACGCACCCUAUGUGAAUGGCUCGGCGGGGCCCUCGCGGCGCAGCGCCUACAUCGCCGCGCUCUACUUCACGCUCAGCAGCCUCACCAGCGUGGGCUUCGGCAACGUGUCCGCCAACACAGACGCCGAGAAGGUUUUCUCCAUCUGCACCAUGCUCGUUGGUGCGCUGAUGCACGCCGUGGUCUUCGGCAACGUCACCGCCAUUAUCCAGCGCCUGUACUCGCGCCGCUCGCUCUACCACCGCCGCGUGAAGGAUCUGGAGGACUUUGUGCGCGUGCACCGCCUGCCGCGGCCACUCAAGCAGCGUGUGCUCGAGUACUUCCAGACCACGUGGGCUGCCAACUGCGGCAUCGACGCCGACGAGUUACUGCGCGACUUCCCAGAAGAGCUCAGAGCCGACAUCGCCAUGCACCUGAACCGGGAGAUCCUGCAGCUGCCGCUGUUUGGGGCAGCGAGCCGGGGCUGCCUGCGGGCCCUGUCCCUGCACAUCAAGACUUCCUUCUGUGCCCCGGGCGAGUACCUGCUGCGCCGCGGGGAUGCCCUGCAGGCCCACUACUAUGUGUGCUCUGGCUCCCUGGAGGUGCUGCGAGACAGCACGGUGCUGGCCAUCCUGGGGAAGGGGGACUUAAUUGGGGCAGACAUCCCUGAGCCCGGGCUGGAUUCCGGGCCAGAAGCCGAUCCAAGCUGCGUGCUGAAGACCAGUGCCGAUGUGAAAGCCCUGACCUAUUGUGGCCUGCAGCAGCUGAGCAGCCGAGGACUGGCUGAGGUCCUGCGGCUGUACCCCGAGUACGGGGCCACCUUCCGAGCUGGCCUGCCCCGUGACCUCACGUUCAACCUGCGACAGGGCAGCCACACAAGUGGCCUGGGCCGCGGAUCCCGGUCACCCCGCCUCUCCCAGCCCCGCUCCGACAGCCUCGGCUCCUUCUCGGACAAGACCCUGCCGUCCAUCGCGGAAACAGAGGCGAGCUUGGAGCCUGGGGGAGGACCCAGGCCCCUUCGGCCCGUCCUGCUGCCCAACCUCAGCCCCGCCCAGCCCCAGGGCUCCCUAGUCAGCCUCUUGGGCGAGGAGCUGCCCUUGUUCUCCGCCCCGGCCUCCUCUUCUUCCCUUUCUGCCUCCCCCUCUCCCCACGGCCCUCUCAGGGGCUCUGCUGCCUGGAAGCCCCCCCAGCUUCUCAUUCCUCCGCUGGGAACCUGCGGACCUCCGGACCUCAGUCCCCGGGUAGUGGAUGGCAUCGAAGACUCGGGCAGCACAGCUGAGGCCUCCACCUUCCGGUUCAGCAGGAGGCCUGAGCCCCCAAGACCCCGCUCACAGACCCCACACACAGGCACCGGGACAGGCUGGGCGCUGACCACUGAGGCCGAGGAGGUGCAAGAGAAAGUGUGCAGGCUGAACCAGGAGGCCUGGCUUCCAGUCAAGUUCGGACACGCUACACUGACCCCGGCUGGGGCCCGGGCCUGUCUGGAGUGGAUACUGCCGCCUACCGAUGGGGAGGAGGUGGGCCCUCGGCCUGGGGGUCGGCUGCCACCAGCUGGUCUGGCUGGCUCUGGAUUCUCUGGACUUCUGACCCUAACCCCUUCUACAAACCACUUCCCCCAUCCCCCUCAUCGAGGGGCCAUCCACAGACAGACAGCCGACAGCAGAGACGGAAAUGGAGCCUACUGGGCCGGGCGGACACAGUGCCCUGCCUCCUCUCCUCCUUGGAUCCUGGAGCAGGCUGUCACUCAGGCUGGUGUCUCCUGCUGCUGGGCAGCAACUCAGAAGGCUCCAGCAUCGCUCCGACCUUGCCCACCCCCGCCGCAGCCGGGCCCCUCACUUCAGCGCCCUCUGCUCGGGGUCUGGGCUUUUCUGAACCCUGCCUUCCUCUGCCCAAUGUCUCACUUUUGGAUAGGAAAUAAACUCUUUAUUUUUGUAGCCCUUAGCAUUGGCUGUUCCUGGGGUUUGGGCUGAGAGCCCCAUGGCUUUGGAGGAGUCCACACCACAGUCACCAGCGCCACUCUCAGGGCCUUGCUGCUGUGUCUAGGAAGGGCAGAGACGCCAGCCAGUCCACUGGGCACCACCCCACCCCCAGGGGCCCCAGGGCUGAGAGAAAAACCUUAAUGAGUCCCUAAAGGCCCAUUACAACCCCUCAUCCCCAUCCUGGGGCAGGUCCACAUCCAGCCCUGGAAACAUGGGCCCAGGGGACCCCCAGCUCUACGUAUAUGGAGCUGCUGCUGGGUAAGGGUAUAGGACAGGUUGUCCCCAGCUGAGAGCCAGCUAGGAGUCCUUCCUGGCCUCCCAAGACCUGGCUUCUCUCCCAUCUGUAACCACUCCACUCUGACGGUCACUGCUGGAGAGCAGGGCAGGAAGGGUUUGAGGUGUUGUAUCAAACAGGGACCCAUAGCAGGUGUGGCAGUGUAGGUCUGUGAUCCCCGAACCUGAGAGGCUGAGGCAGGAGGAUCACUGGAGAUCAACAAUGAGUUCAACUCCAGCUUGAAUUACUUAGAGAGACUCUGUCUCAAGAAAGAAAAAAAGAAGAAAGAAACAGGUAACCUGACAACCAGACAGAACUAGGUGAGGGCAUAGCUUUUUGUCAGUUUGUCUCUUCAGGCAGGUCGAUUCUUCACGUCUCACUCCAAAAUGUAUGAUUGGUGUUGGCCAGUGUCCAAGGGGAUGAAGGCCACAGCUCUCUGAGGUGGGUUUUGAUUCCAUACAGGUGUUUGUUUUAGACAGGGUCUCAAGAUGCUGUUCAGACUGGCCUUGAACUCACUGUAGCUCUGGGCUUUCCGUGACCUUCCUGUGUCAGCCUCCCAAUUGCUGGGAUGACAGGCAGAUGCCACUACGUCCAGCUCUUUGUUUUUUAAAACAGGUCUCACUAUGUAGUUCAGGCUAGCCUGGAACUCACUGUGUAGCCCAGGCUGACCUAGGACUUUCAGCGAUCUUCCUGUGUCAGCCUCCCGGAGGGGCUAGGAUGACAAGCAUGCACCACCACGCCCGCCUCUGCUUGCAGGUUUUGCGUAGAGUCCCUGCGGGAGAUGCAGGAAAGAGCAGGUACAGGCGUGCACUGGGAGAUAUGGUUCUGAUCUCCAUGACGAGUGGAGGGCGCCAGGCGGGGUGCAGGCAUCAGAGAACACAGUGGCUCUGGGUGGGGUGAAGUGGGGCCGGUCCUAGGGGUCCGGGUAGGGCUCACCGGUCCUCUGCACACCUGUCACCGCGCUGCCGGCGCUCCUCGUGCCUGCCACCGGCGCAGUCUCGGUGGGAGAGCACCGAACAGGCCCCUCCCGGACCGCGACAGCCGGGUUGGCGGUGCCUAUUCCCCCGGACCCACGGCUCCGCCCUACGCCGGAGUCCGGGAU